CCGCUGCCUUCUUCCACCUUGCCGCGCUGGCGUCAAUGCGCGUGCUCGGGACUUUGACUCGCGAUACCCCUAUCUCCACUCUGCAUAACAGCAUCACGAACGCGUCGGUUUCGAGUAUCUUUCCUCCGCGAUCUAGAUCGUACGCGUCGCGAUCCUCGCUGUGCGCGUCGUCCCCUGCUCUACGCUCGUCGCGAUCUGCACGCUCGAGCGCGUUAGCCUCUCGUAUCGUUAGAAGCCCGAUAGCAUCGACGGUCGCAUCCGCCCCAUUCACGCGUUCUCCAGUCCUAGCUCGUUCGCUAUCUAGAUCGGUCAUGUCCGGCGCACCCUCUCCGUCCCCUGCGACCCCCGUGCACGACAUGGCGGCGAAGGGGUUCAAUGUGGCGAAUGACCUAUAUGAUCGCGCCCGCCCCUCCUACCAGCCCUCUGUUCUCUCCUGGAUCCGAAAGACGGCGCGGAAAGUGGAUGGCGGAGGGAAGCUGAACGUGCUCGAGGUCGGCGCAGGCACGGGCAUCUUCACGCGCGCAUUGCUUGCGCACCCCGAAUGGAAGGAUGAUGUGGGCGAGCUGAGGGCAAUUGAGCCUGCCGAGGGCAUGCGCGACCAGUUCGUCAAGUCGACCGUUUCUACUGUGAACAACAACGACCCGAAGAUCACCGUUCACGAUGGACACUUCUCUUCGUUGCCUGUGCCCGACGGCUGGGCGGAUCUGAUCAUAAUUGCGCAAGCCUUCCACUGGUGCCCCGACCACUCUGCCGCGAUACCCGAGUUUGCGCGGGCUCUGAAGCAGGGCGCCCCGCUUGUUUUAGUCUGGAACUUGGAGGAUCGCGAUGCCGUACCCUGGAUCGCCCAGCUACGCGAUCGCAUAGAGCGCCACGAGCAGGGCGCCCCCCAGUUCCGCCUCGGCCUCUGGCGCGCCUUCGCAGACACUAAGGAGUGGAAGGAACUCUUCACAGAGAAGCCUCCCUCGAGCGCGGACCUGCCCGACACCGACACCGACACGCUCCCUCACACCACCUCGCACACCAUCUCCUUCAUCCUCCCCGGCACCACCGAGCUCACCGUCGAUCGCGCGUGCAGCAAGAGCUACAUCGCGUCGCUGCCCGAGGACGAGCGCGCGGAAGUGGUCAAGGACGUUCGAGCGAUUCUGGAAAAAGGUGAGGGGCGCAAGUGGAUCGACGAGGCGAAGGGCGUGUUUGAGUAUCCGUACAAGGCGACGGUCGUGGUCGGAUGGAAGGCGUAAGGCAUUGAUAAGACGAUUUUUGUAACAUAAACAAGAAAGGCAUUCAAUCUAGAUCUCCCCUUGAGCAUA